UGAAAUGAAAUGCUUUGAAUGAAUAUAAAUGAAGGUCUAAGCAGUAGAUAAAAAAUAAAUCACUUAUUUUGCUGCCAAUAAUGGGAAGCAGUGACUAGUGGGGGCCAAAGCCACACAAAAAGGGUGUAUAAACCACUAGCAAAAAUCCACCAAUUGAACUAUCCAUAGUACUGAAAGAUAAAUUCAUUACUCAAAAUUGAUACUUUGAUACCAAUCUCCUUUCUUCCCUAAAUUUCUAGGAAACCCACCAAAUUUCUUUUAUGCUAUUUGGUUGAUUCUCAAUUCCCACUCAAUUAAAAAAAAAAAAAAAAAAAAAAACUUUCCCCUUUUUCCCUCAUCUAACUUUCAAUUUUCUUGCCCCAAAGUCCACUCUAUCUCUUUCCAAUUUAAAAUACUGGGUUUUGGUUUUCCCCUCAAUCGAUGUUCUUCUCUGCGCUUUUGGCUUAAUUUCAACCAUGGUGAUGCUCAAUAGUUCUUUCGCUGCUUGGAUCAGCCGGUUGUUUGCUUGCAUGGGGGGUUGUUUUGGAUGCUGCACUAAACCCACACCUAUUAUUGCUGUGGAUGAGCCAUCUAAAGGAUUAAGAAUUCAAGGACGAGUUGUUAAGAAACCUAGCAUAUCUGAUGGUUUUUGGAGCACAAGCACAUGUGAUUUGGAUAAUAGCACCAUUCAGUCUCAACGGAGCAUCUCGUCUAUCAGUACAUUAAACCUCACUCUCAGCAAUAGCAAUGUUGCUGGCAGUGUGAGCAGCUCUUCUGAAUUUAUAAAUCAUGGUCUCCUUCUCUGGAAUCAGACUAGGAUGCAGUGGAUUGGAAGUGGUACUACUAAGUUGACAGAUGAAACUCAACAAAGACAGAAGGCAAAAAUCAGUUGGCGUGCAACGUAUGACAGUUUACUGGGUACAAGACAACCUUUUCCCCAUCCAAUUCCUUUGUCUGAAAUGGUCAACUUUCUUGUGGAAGUAUGGGAACAGGAGGGUCUAUAUGAUUGAAAAUGCUUUUGUUUUUGGAUACAUUUCUUGAAUCUUUAGGAAGCUUCUCUGUACGGAAUGCAAAAGGGUUUUUCUUUUUCUUUUUCUUUAUCAACAAUCCUACAUUUUUCAGCUGUACAAAUGUAUUUAACACCAAUGUGCUUGUGCACUUUUGGCUUUUUAAGACAGACAACAGAAGAAGCAACUGCCUUUGAUAGUGUUGAGUCAAUAUAUAUUAUUGGCAUUCUUGAAAAUAUGGAAUCUUAUAGCCACCAUUUUCAAUGUA